AGCUUUUGUUUGCAACUCUUUCAUUUUUUUCCUUACCAUCGUCUCCGCGACCAGCCUCUCCAAGCUCCUUUGUCGCCACCUCCGACCCCGCGGUGAAGCAGCAGCCUCCUUCACCGGAGAAGCUAUGGACGGAAAUCUGAGACCAAAUCCGGCGAUGCUCAGCGAGAUAGACCGUAUGCCGGACGUGCCGCCGCGUCAGCGCGUGUCUCAUCACCGGCGAGCUCGCUCCGACACCUUCUUCUCCGGCGGUGAUUCCUUCGACGAUCUUCUCCUCUUCGAUCCUCCCGAUAUUGACUUAUCCUCCCUUCACUUCCUCUCUGCCGCAACUCCGCCUCUUCCUCCGCCGCAAGUCUCACCGAUGGCCGUCGAUUCUCCCUCCGACGAGUCCUCAUCCAACGGCCCGCCGCUUCUUCCACCGCAGACAUAUCUCCCCAGACCCGUCCGCCAUGUCCGAAGCUUAUCGGUUGACUCCGAUUUCUUCGACGACCUAGGGCUCUCAUCCUCUGCCAUGGCGGAUGAUCAAUUCAGCGGGAAAACUCUAGCCGCUGAUACCGGAGAGAAGACGGGGCGUCAUCACAGGAGUAGUUCCAUGGACGGAGCUAGCAGUUCGGCAUCGCUUAACCUCGAAUCGAUUCUCGCUGCCGUGAGUGGCAAGGACGGUUCGAAGAAGGCAAUGGGUAUGGGAAGCGACAAACUCGCCGAGCUUGCACUCAUCGAUCCCAAGAGAGCUAAACGGAUUCUAGCGAACAGACAAUCUGCGGCAAGGUCGAAGGAGAGGAAGAUUAGGUAUACGAAUGAGCUGGAGAGGAAGGUGCAGACACUUCAGAAUGAAGCAACCACUCUAUCCGCUCAGGUCACCAUGUUGCAGAGAGGCACAUCUGAACUGUCCACGGAGAAUAAACAACUCAAACUGCGGUUGCAAGCCCUGGAGCAACAAGCUCAACUUCGGGAUGCCCUGAAUGAGACGCUGAGGGAAGAACUAAAACGACUAAAGAUAGCCGCCGGAGAAAUCCCUCCGCCCAACGGGAACGCUUACAACCGAGCUCAGCCGACAAUGCUCCAUCAGUUCGGAGCUCACAAGAGACAACAGAUGACCAACUCGCCGCCUUCCAGCACGAAUGGACAGCCACAGCACCCGACCUUCAUGGAUUUCACAAAGCGCGGCUAAGUUCAUUUCACGUCUGGUUACUUCACUUUCGCUGGAGAGGCAUUUAGCAUUUGUUUCAGGUUGCAUCAUUGCAUGUAGAGGUAUGUAUGCAUUCAUGUAUAUAUAUAUAUACUGUGAAUGGUCAUGGUGUGAUCUCAUUUGUAUCAGUAUGCACAUACGCUGUCCGUUCCACUUAAAAUAUCAGGUGACUUUGUAAACAA